AUGUACUUGGACGGGUCAGUGUUGACGGCCGGAGCGCUGCGGCUGCUGCAGCUGCUCCUGAACCCCUUCAUCACGGCGGGGCUGCAGUCCGCCGCCCCGAACAACGGCCUGCCCUACAGCCCCGUGGUGGCCGCGCCCGCCGUCGCGCCCCAGCGCCAGUUCAGUGGCGGGGACCUGAUCUCGCUGCUCGCGACCCUCGGAGCGGCCAAUCCUGCGGCCUCCUUCUCCGGGACGGGGUCGCUGGGCAAUGGCGCCCCCAUGGGGUCGUUCAUGGGCUCGGGGUCGCUGGGCACUAGCGGCAACCCGAUGGGUUCGUUCAUGUCCUCGGGGUCGCUCGGCUCCAGCAACAACCCCAUGGCACCGUUUAUGUCCUCGGGAGGGUCCAGCGCCAGCAGCAACCCCAUGGGCUCGUUCACGUCCUCUGGGUCACUCAGCGCUGGUGGCAAUGGCAACCCCAUGGGCUCGUUCAUGGCCUCCGGAUCGCUGGGCUCUGCCGGCACCGCCAUGGGGUCGUUCCCCUCCACUGGGGCGCUCGUUGCCGUGCAGUCCAUGCCGGCGUCGGAGUCCGUGAUGCCGGGGCCCAUGACCGUGGCCAGCAUGCCGCCGCUGCCGUACGCGCCGUGGCUGGUGUCGCAGCCCCUGCCCGCCGUGCCCAGCGGCCCCAACAGCCCCGUCUACGUGCCCCAGAGCGCGGUGCCCACUCUGCUGAACCCCCCGGCCGCCGCGCCGUCGACGCCGCCCUCGUCCUCCACAUCGGGCUCCCUCGCCGCCGGGGCGCUGUCCGUCCUGGAGGAGGCCAUCGCCCCCUACCUCCACGCUAACUCUUCCUCCUCGUCAUCGUCGCCGUCUUCAUCCUCGACGUCGGCUAGCGAAAGCGAGACGGCGUCCCCCAUGCCGAUGGCCACGCUCAUCUCGGUGCUGGGCAGCUUCAUGUCCGGCAUCCGCGUGGUGGCCGUCAACUUCCUGGCCUCGGUGGCGGUGAUGGGCGCCGCGCAGCUGGUGCGCCUCGUGGUGCAGAACCUGCCCAUCAUCCUGAACGUGCUGGGGCUCACGCGCGCCUCCAUGGCCCGCGUCAUCGUGGACGGCGUGACCCGGGCGCAGUGCCUGGAGCGGGCGGCCUGCCUGCUCGGCCAGCACGCCAGCACCUACCAGUCCACGCCCGACGUGCUCAGGUGGCUGCGCAGUCCCGACCCCGCCACGCCGGAGCACCCCGUGUGGAAGGCCUUCCGCUCGGCGGCCGAGGGCGCCGCCAUGCAGUGCGAGGCCUUCGCCUGCUAG